CUUCACUUUCCUAGACAAGUGGCAGGCAUGCUAGUUCCUCACCUUGCCACCAAAACCCACCAGUUUUUCCUUUUUUGGUAGAGCUUGACUGAAGCUGUGAGUGAGUUUCUAGCUGCAUGAAAAGCAUGAGCAGAUCACAGGCUUUAUUCUUGUGAUUGAACAAAACCCAGAAGAAGAAGAAUUGAAGGAACCUUUUUGCAAAACUGCUUGGAUUUGAAUCCAUUGAAGCUGCAAUUAACUAUCUCUCUCAAUGGCAAUGAGGAGAGAGGAGGCUAUUUUCUUCUCUGUGGCCUUAUUCAGCUUCUGGGCUUCUGCAAGUUCGCUCCUUUCCCCCAAAGGUGUCAACUUUGAAGUGCAAGCUUUGAUCGGUAUCAAAGGUUCUCUGAAAGAUCCACUUGGUGUUCUGGAUAAUUGGGAUGGUGAUGCAGUUGAUCCAUGUAGCUGGACUAUGGUCACUUGUUCACCUGACAAGCUUGUCAUUGGCCUAGGAACGCCAAGCCAGAAUCUAUCUGGGAGCCUUUCUCCCAGCAUUGGGAACUUGACAAACCUCCAGAUUGUGCUGCUGCAGAACAACAACAUAUCAGGGCCAAUUCCCCCUGAGAUUGGGAGGCUUCCGAAACUGCAAACACUAGAUCUUUCUAACAACUUCUUCAAUGGUGAAAUUUCCUCUGAUCUAUCCCAUCUGAAGAGCCUUCAAUACCUGAGGCUAAACAACAACAGCCUUUCGGGACCAAUUCCCUCGUCGUUGGCUAACAUGACCCAGCUUGCCUUUCUGGACUUGUCUUUCAACAAUUUGAGUGGUCCUGUACCAAGGCUUCUUCCUAAAACAUACAACCUUCUCGGGAAUCCAGUGAUAUGUGCAACUGGGAAAGAGCAAGACUGCAAUGGAACAGCAGCAAUGCCACUUUCCUACUCUUUCAGCAAUGCAGAGAAUUCUCAGCCUCCUCGAAGGCCUAAAGAUCACAAAGUCGCGUUAGCCUUUGGAUCAAGCCUCGGGUGUAUCUGCCUACUAAUUCUUGGAUUCGGAUUUCUUCUCUGGUGGAGGCAACGACACAAUCAGCAGAUAUUCUUUGAUCUCAGCGAGCACCAUCAUGAAGAACUAUCCCUUGGAAACCUUAAGAGGUUCCAGUUCAGAGAACUACAGAUUGCCACCAACAACUUCAGCAGCAAGAACAUAAUUGGGAAGGGUGGUUUUGGGAAUGUCUACAAAGGGUACCUCCAAGACGGGACUGUUGUGGCCGUGAAAAGGCUCAAAGAUAGCAAUGCAAGUGGAGGGGAGAUCCAGUUUCAGACUGAAGUCGAGAUGAUUAGCCUAGCAGUACACCGGAACCUCCUCAGGCUCUACGGUUUCUGUAUGAUAGGAACCGAAAGGCUUUUGGUUUACCCCUACAUGUCCAAUGGAAGCGUUGCUUCGCGCCUUAAAGCCAAGCCAGCCUUGGAUUGGGGUACUAGGAAGAGAAUUGCUUUGGGGGCUGCAAGGGGAUUGCUUUACCUGCAUGAGCAGUGUGAUCCCAAGAUCAUUCACAGGGAUGUGAAGGCUGCAAAUAUAUUGCUCGACGAUUACUAUGAGGCAGUGGUAGGAGAUUUUGGGCUGGCGAAGCUUCUGGAUCACCGCGAUUCUCAUGUCACCACGGCUGUUAGAGGAACUGUCGGGCAUAUAGCUCCCGAGUAUCUCUCAACAGGCCAGUCAUCAGAGAAAACAGACGUUUUCGGGUUUGGGAUUCUUCUGCUAGAACUGAUCACUGGCCAAAGAGCUCUUGAAUUCGGGAAAACAGCAAACCAGAAAGGAGCUAUGCUUGAUUGGGUUAAGAAGAUCCAUCAGGAAAAGAGACUUGACACAUUGGUUGAUAAGGACCUGAAGAACAACUAUGACAGGAUUGAGCUUGAGGAAAUGGUUCAAGUGGCUCUGCUAUGUACCCAGUAUCUCCCAAGCCAUAGACCAAAGAUGUCUGAGGUGGUUCGGAUGCUCGAAGGAGAUGGACUCGCAGAGAAAUGGGAAGCUUCCCAGAGAGCCGAGGCAACUAGGUUCAGAGCCAAUGAAUUCUCUUCUUCAGAGCGAUAUUCUGAUCUUACAGACGAUUCCUCAUUGCUCGUCCAAGCCAUGGAGCUCUCAGGACCCCGGUGAUUUCGGUGCAGUUCUCUCUGCGCAAGAAACAAGUCAGGGAAGUAUGCAUCAGGUCUUGGUGUUGGAAUGAUCAGUUUGUUGUAUAACAGCAUCAUAUUCAAGCUCUGGAAAGUGGUGGCAUCUCUGACUGUAUAGAAGCUGAUCAAGAAUACUGACAUUUUUUACUGUCACAUCUUACAAGUCUUUUCUUCUUCUUUGAGUGAAGAUAUCUGCUGAUGGUCAAGGUUGUAAGAAUAAUCUUCUAUGGCAAAACAGAAACGAGUUGAAGAUUGACUUGCUUCUUUAGAAUAUAUAUAUUUAUAUAUAAAAAAACUGUGGAACAUUCCUCACUGGCCA